UCCGGACGUCAUUCGGCGCUUCCUCCCCGGUCCCGUCUAGAUGGUCCCGCCCGGAAGUGCUGGCGGAGACUGCGGCUGCGCCUCUCGCGAAAGGGCAGGCGCCGCGGGGCCUGGCACUUCCGUACUUCCGCUUUCCGGCCCAGACAGCGCCCGCGAUGACUGCCACUCUCCGCCCUUACCUUAGUGCCGUGCGGGCCACACUGCAGGCUGCCCUCUGCCUGGAGAACUUCUCCUCCCAGGUUGUGGAACGACACAACAAGCCAGAGGUCGAAGUCAGGAGUAGCAAAGAACUCCUAUUGCAGCCUGUUACCAUCAGCAGGAAUGAGAAGGAAAAGGUUCUGAUUGAGGGCUCCAUCAAUUCUGUCCGGGUCAGCAUUGCUGUGAAACAGGCUGAUGAGAUUGAGAAGAUUUUAUGCCAUAAGUUCAUGCGCUUCAUGAUGAUGCGAGCAGAAAACUUCUUUAUCCUUCGAAGGAAACCUGUGGAGGGGUAUGACAUCAGCUUUCUCAUCACCAACUUCCACACGGAACAGAUGUACAAACACAAAUUGGUGGACUUUGUAAUCCACUUCAUGGAGGAGAUUGACAAGGAGAUCAGUGAGAUGAAGCUGUCGGUCAAUGCCCGGGCCCGUAUUGUGGCUGAGGAGUUCCUCAAGAAUUUUUAGACCAUCUGGCUGGAUGUUGUGGCCUUCCCUCUCGGCCUCCCCUGUGUCUCUGCGUGUCUGCGAAGGUGUCCUGGAAUCAUUCCCCGGAGCAGCAGUGCAGCAGCAGCAGGAAGCUGGGUUGGGUGGGCAUUGGCUGCGGGAGGCGGGUGUGGUGUGCUUGCUAGCUGUGCAGGAAGGCAGCAGCGGACCUGCCUCGCGGUCACACAUGUCUGGUCAGGCUGGCUUCUGAUGUUCAGUCCGCUGGGCUGGGACAGACUUUUUUUUUAAUGUCUUGAAACCUAAACUCUGUGCUUGUAGAAGACUGUACCCUUUUUGUCUUUUUUUUUUUUUUUUUUUUUUUUUUUAAAAAAAAAACAACCUCCACCUCCAGUGGCUGUGACUGGCCCCAGUGAUUGUACCUUAUUGGUCGCUGUGGUCUGGGCGGGCCUGGAGCCAGAAGGCGACUAUUUUUCCCAUGCCACCCAGGUGGGGAGAGAGGGAAGUUUCUGAUCCCGGUUUCUCUUCAUUGCUGUCUUACUCACAAGCCUUCUUGGGCCCUGUAGAGGUGGUAAGGCCCCUCUACUAUCUUUCUGAGUUCUGCCUGAAGAUGGCCUCUGCACUGGUUGGGAACAAGGGCUGAAUCCAUGAUUGCCGGGCAGGCCUAGGAGCUGGGGCCCAGAAGCCAGGCCUCCCAGCUGAGAGGCCCCAAGGCUUGCCUGUCUGGGUACAGUGCCUGUGCUGGAGGUGCAGAGGUGAGUCCUUUGAGUGCCCAACUGGGUCUUGCCUGCUCUGGCUCCUCUGCUCCCGCGCUCGCUGUCUCUGAUUCUGAUGAAUCCUCCCUUACCCUAAUUAAAGUCUCUUCCUGCCCUUUUGGGGCUGCAUGA